AUGUAUUUGAUUUAUAAUAUUUUUAGAUAUUUAUUGUUUCUUACUUUUGCUCUAAUUACUUUUGAAAAUGUUAAUUCACAAGUAGCAAGAUACGGACAUACAGCGAAUCUUAUAAACCAAAAAAUAUAUAUUAUUGGUGGGAAGGAUGCAACUGGCGCGUUUGUCAAUGACAGUCUUAUACUGGAUCUUUCGUCAAAUCUUUCUUUAGUCAAUAUUUCCAACAAUAUAAAUAUUAAUUCCCUGAAUUAUUCUGUCGCGUGGGGGACGUCUGUUGAUAAUGGCUCUAAUAUUUUUUAUUUUGGUGGCGUCACAUCAGAGAAUAAAGCGACUGCGAACAUUAUCCAAUACGAUACAAAACAAAAUCAGUUAUCCAAACCCCUUGAUGUUUCAGCAUCACUGAGUCCACGGCGCGGCUUAAAUUCAGUCAGUGAUCAAAACGGAAGAUGGUAUAUUUAUGGCGGGUCUAGCGAUGCUUAUGAUGACUAUCAUAAGUUGACGUCAAAUUCCGAUACAACUGUAUAUAAUUUAACGUUGACGUCAAAUGACGAUUCUUUAAUGUUUGCAACAAAAAAGGUUUCAAAUCAAACGUCAAACCGAUUUGACUAUACAGCGACAGUAAUAGGCAAUAAUAUUAUAUAUAUUGGUGGUCUUCGAGCAACCAAUGACUUCAUUGGAAUGGAAGAAAUUGGGAUAUUUCAGACAGAUACAAUGAAAUGGAGAAAAAUAAUUGCUGCAAACGCCACCGGUCCGGUGCCAAAACGUGGUGGUCACACUGCUGUAAAACUAAACGACAAUCGUAUUUUGAUAUAUGGCGGAUAUUCCGAUUAUUCCGAUCCAAUUCCAAUGAGCAAUAAUAAUGCUGUUGCAUUAUUGAACAUUCAAAAUUUGGGCGCUCGAACUGGUGAAACCUUCACUUGGCAAUUUCCAAUUAUUUCAUCGUCACCGUAUCGAGAUACACAACAGAUACCCUAUUGGCAUACAGCAACAAUCUACAAUAAUUAUAUGAUUGUUGUUUAUGGUAAAUUUGAUGAUAUUACUACAAACACUAAAUUAACAAGGAAAGCUAUAAGAGCCAGUAAACAGCCACUAUUAGCUAUUCUUGAUGUCAGUAAUGAGGCUUCUAUGACAUGGGUUCAAUCAAUAACUAGCACACCAACAACUAGCACACCAACAACUAGCACAUCAAAUACUACCACACCAAAAUCUGACGGAAAGAAAAAUAAGUCAAUAGUUGGAGGCAUAAUAGGAGGAUUUUUAGGCAUUGUACUUCUCGGGCUCGGAUUCUUUUAUUAUCGAAAAUAUCGAAAAAAUGAUAAAAAUCAAUUGUUCGUACAAAAAUCAAUUGCAUCUACAUCACAAAAUCAUUCUAGCAUGGCAAUUGAGCUAAAACAAUUGUCAAAUACUCCAGUUUUAUUAACUCCCCCAUUAACGAAUUUAAAUACUUCAAACUUACCAUCCGUCGGAUCACGGGAUCCUCUCGAUGUAGCUAGUCCACGCCCUACUCUUUUAAAACAACGAAAAUUUUGGUGCACAUGUAAUCCCAUUUCCGAUUCAAUAAAAAUACAUCUACGAGUUACUAAUUUUCAUCAAGUUAUAAAUUUGCACAGCGCUCUGCAUACAUGUAAUAAUAAUGUAAUGUUGGAAAAACAGUCUCUACAAAAAUAA